AUGAAUCAGCCUGACCUUGACCACUUCCUCGCCAUUCCUUGGUGCGCUUCACUACUACAUGAUCCUCGGGUGGUAUUCUUCGAGAUAAAGAACAAGGAACACGGCAAGGAAAGUUUCUUUGAUGAGAUCCUUCGGGUCGAUGGGGGCAUUCGUGCCCGUCUGUUCUUUCGUCAUCAAACCCCUCCUAGCCAAGUCGAUCUCGGCCCAUACCCUAUACAGGGGUUAUUCAUGUUGGUUGACGUUGGCCCCAAUCUGAGUGGGUGGCCGGGUCUAAGCCACGGAGGAUUCAUUUCCGCUCACUUUGACAUGGCGGGCGGCUGGCUGGUCCAGCAUAACGUCAUGGAGGGUAUUCAACGAAAAACCCUGCCAGCGGGGAGUGGUAUGUUGACUGUCAAGUUGGAAGUAAGCUACCUGAAGCCAACACGGGUAGAUCAGACCUUGCUAUUGACGGCCAAGAUAAAUUGGGUUAAGAGGAACAAGCUGGACAUUGGUGUUACCCUGGAGGAUGAAUCACGGAUUAUCCACAGUAAGGGUAGCCUUCUUGCGGUUUCUCUUGAUCUCCACCGGCCGAGCAUGCCACUCCCGGAUAUAAUCGUUUGUUUUCAUCCGCAACGGCCUGCCACUCAGGACAAGCGUCCGCUCUGUGUCAUCCCACCCCGCGCUUACCACCUCCUUCUUAUGUUCAUCGCUACACCCAGCCUCAACGCUCGCUACGAAGCGUGUCCCAACCCAAACACCCACUGCCCCCUGCAUAAAUGCGGCGGCGACGCUGCGACCAGACGAAAUUCCACCUGCCGCAAGAACCAUUGCCGGCUGACCUUUGAGCAGAGGGGGGUGGUAGGACUUGGCGAUGGAGACGACAGCAGGGAUGAGGAUGGAGGAGGCAAUGUUGCCAGUGUGUCCGCCGCCUUCGCCGCCCUGCGCGCCGACCAUGUCGACACCAAGGUCAAGGGCUUUGAUCGCGUGCUUUGGGUGGCCGACUAUGUUCAUCACCAGGAUCCCCUUCGCAUGCAGCUUCUCAAUCACCCACGCCGGUGGCACACCCACUGCGCUAACAAACAGUUUUGCGCCGCUGUCCACCACAAUGUCGAUCAACUCCUCCAACUUGCCCCCAGUGUAAUCAUGAUUGGUCUUCCUCGCGUUGCCCCCAACCUGCGGCAGCGCCAAGUCCACGCCAAAAGGGAGAUCGGGACGAAUGAAGUGCGACUUCAUUUCGGUAAUGAUGGAGCGCAGCUGGUCGGGCGUGUACAUGACGCCACCGAUGACGCCGAGGCCGCCAGCGUUGGAGACAGCGGCGACUAG